GCCUUGUGUCAGCUCUGAAGAAAAAUAUUGGGUGGCUGCUUCCUGCGGCUCACAUGUACACAGCACUGAGUAUGGAUUCUUCCAAGAGAAAAGACUCCACUUACAGUGUCUUCAAAGACACGACUUCAGAGAACAACGAUGAGGAAAAGGAACACCUGUGUUCCGGUUUUAAAGACGCGGAUGCUUUUGUUAAGUAUGGAUUGGGUGCAGUGUUAUCUGCAACCAAGGCAUCCGCUGGCUUGCCUCAAACUGGAGAUGAAUAUGAUUUCUAUCGGAGCUUCCCGGGCUUCCAGGAGUUCUGUGAAAGUCAGGGAGAUAAGCUGCUGCAGGGCAUGAGUCAGAUAAUGCAGCACCAUGGCUGCAGAUCUCACAUGAGGGACAGGAACAAGCUCACAGGGCUGGAGGAGAGGUUUGACUUGGUCGUGGACUCGAACGACGUCAUCCUUGAAAGAGUGGGGAUUCUUCUUGAUGAAGCUGAUGGGGUGAACAGGAGCCAGCAGCCUGUCAUGCCCGCAGGCUUUCAGGCUCCCAAGAUUGUUGUUUCCAGCUGGAAUCGCAAGGGUUCAGGAUCCAGUAGUCGUUCAGAGACGUUCCGUCUGCUCCAAGCCAAGAAUAUUGCGAGGCCUCAGCUGAAAUUCAGGGAAAAAGUCGACAACAGCAACACCCCAUUUGUUCCCAAGAUCUUCAUCAAGCCCAAUGCAGUAAAGCCUCUUCCUUCCUAUUUCACCAACAAACGGAUCCAUAAAGAGAGACCUGAGGACCUUGAUGUCCCGGCUGCCCUGGCUGACUUCAUUCACCAGCAGAGAAAGCAGGAACAUGUUGGAGACAUGUUUGCACACCCAUACCAGUAUGAACUGGAUCAUUUUACAUUGUCAGAAAGCCUUCUUUCUAAGCCACAACCGCUGAUGUACAAACCCCUGGAUGUGACCAAAUGCUCCUUCAUUGAAACGUUGGACGAUCUGGUGGCUCUGAAUGAGAAGCUUUGCAAAUUGUCUGAAUUUGCAGUGGAUCUUGAGCAUCACUCCUACAGGAGCUUCCUCGGCCUCACCUGCCUGAUGCAGAUCUCCACCAGAGACGAGGACUUCAUCAUCGACACCAUUGAGCUCCGCAGCGAGUUGUACAUUCUCAACGAGGCAUUCACUGACCCUGCUAUUGUCAAGAUAUUUCACGGCGCUGACUCUGACAUUGAGUGGCUCCAGAGGGACUUGGGCUUGUAUGUCGUCAACAUGUUUGACACUCAUCAGGCUAGCCGAGCUCUGAACUUGGCCAGACAUUCCCUCGACCACCUGCUCAAACAUUACUGCACCGUGGAAUCAGACAAACGCUACCAGCUGGCUGACUGGAGGAUUCGCCCCUUGCCGGAAGAGAUGGUGCAGUAUGCUCGGUCAGACACACACUAUCUGCCUUACAUCUACGACUGUGUGCGGGCACAGCUGUUGGACUUCAACCACGGGCAGCCCGGCCUGCUGCAGAGUGUCUGGAACAAGAGCAAAGAUAUUUCUCUGAAGAAAUAUCUGAAGCCUAUAUUCACUGAGGAGUCAUAUUUGGAGCUGCAGAGGAAGCAGAAAAGGUCCUUUAACACCCAGCAGCUCACUGCCUUCAGACUGCUGUUUGCCUGGAGGGACAAGCUGGCCAGGCAGGAAGAUGAAAGCACCGGAUUUGUUCUGCCCACUCAUAUGAUGAACAAGAUAUCUGAGGAGCUCCCAAAAGAGCCACAGGGCAUCAUUGCCUGCUGUAACCCUGUACCCCCACUGGUGAGGCAGCAGGUCAACGAGCUGCAUUUGUUAGUGCAGCAAGCCAGAGAAAUGCCUCUCCUCAAGGCUGAGAUUGCAGCUCAAAAGAAGAAAGGCCUCACACCCAUUAAAAAGGCUGAGGUCACGUUAUUUGGUCCUCAUGAUAAUUCCAGGGUCUCUGAAAGCGAUCUACACAACUCUUCUACUGAUGAAAUGCCCAUCAAACAAGGGAUGCUCUUCUCAGAAGAUGAGCCCAAAAUGGAUGUUGAUGAAGAAAAAACAAGUGGCCUUGUAGCUAAAGCUAAAAUCACACAGUUUGAGGAGCCGGAACCCAAGAAAGACCCAGAAUCCCUACCUGUGGCUCAAAUGAAAGCCAUACGCAUCAUUGAAUCUUUUGAAAAUCCUUUCAGAAUGUACUUACCCUCCAACAAUGUGCACAUCAGCAAGAAUGCCAAGUUUGACCCAUCCUCCAAAAUAUUUGAGAUUAGUAAAAGAUGGAAGCUGCAGAGUAUUGAGCAGCAACAGAAGGAGUUGGAUGCCAAAAAGAAAACCAAGGAAGAGGCAAAUGAACUCAAAAAGAAAGUGGCAGAGGAAAGAAAGAAGGCCAAGCAGAGCUACCAGGAGUCUCUACAGAACGUUGCCACUGUUCGCGAGCAGGCAGCGGAAUCUGUAAAAGGAACGAAAAGAGAGAGGGUCGCCAGUGAGGUCGGGCAGUUGACUCCCAAGCCGAGUAAGAAGCUGAUGAAAUCUGCAGAGCAGCCCCAAAAGCCAGAACCACCUCCACAAGAACCUUUCAAGCCAUUCGACUACAGACAGUCAGACCUCAAAGUCUUUGCUGGCAACAAACCAAAGGACAACACUCAGUUCGAUCCAAACCGGCAAUCCAAUGAAUUUAGGAAGAAGAAAAAGCCCAAGGGACAAAAAUCAAAUUCUGGAGCUGGAAAAAGUAUGUCGUACAUGGCUGGGAAAUCUGACAGAGGAUUCAAGCACAACUGGCCCAAAAGAUAAAAUCUCCUUGAUGCCAUUUUCUGUCUUAUUUUAAAACUUUUUUAUCUUGCAGAAACAAUGUUCCCUUUAUUUUCCUUUUGCCAGUAAAUAACAGUAUUUCAACAAUCAAGGAUUUUCACAAUGACAUUUUUCCAUCUAUAGAACAGUUUGCCCUGUAAAUAUGUGGAAGCACAGACCUCUUUAUUAAAGAUGAUUUUAGAGGAAAAAAGUCUUGCCUUUUUCAAUAAUAAUUAUGAAUUAAACCAAAUCUGGUUGAGCAGUGUGAUGCAGUAUAACAAUCUGACCUUUGUUCAAAACUAUCACCACUGCUAUUAUCUAAUGGAUUAUGUGAAGCGGCCUGUAAAUAAUAAAAAUAAAACCCCGGCAGGGUGAACACAUUCUGCUAUUCAUCGUUUACCAGUUUAACCCUGUGACCAUGAAACGCUUGACUCGUCUCACAGCUUUAGGGCUACCAAUUGAAAUCAUGCUUUUUCACUGUUACAUUGAACUGUUGACAGUUAAAUUCAAAAGGUUUAUGUCAUAUCAAAUACACAAAUAUGUGGUAGCUAGCAACAAGGCAGCCAUUAAUUGCACAAUCUUACUCCCCAAGGGAUUUGAUUCAAGGCUAUUUAGGGACCUUGCCUUGAAUUGACUCCCUGACAGGUUUGACUACUUGACUUCAUGUUGUGUUUACUUUAUCUCUUUGGACAAAACGUUCUCUAUAAUGUAGCAUGUGUAUCCGUGCCUGGCCCUGCAUUGUGUAAUUAAACAAAGAAAAACCUUCACAUUGAAAACAUUUAGGUAAUCAAAUUACAAAUAGGUACUUAUUUAGAAGAACGGCUACAAAAAACUAUACAUAACCACAAAAAUGUGCAUCCACAUCAAAACACAAGUACAGAACGUUUUGAUGGCUGAAGUAAUGUAAUGGAAGUAAACAUGGCACUGACUUCUAAAAAGCCCUAUCACUUUUAAAAACUAAAUGUAUAACAGAAGGCUGAUUAAUGCCAAAAUAAAACUAGCCUCUGCAUUAAUACAUUAUUUACUUGUGAUCCUUCAAAUGAACAGGCACUGGCUCUACUCGGGGGUAAUUUGAACCAUUGUUUGUACCCAUUAUAUUAUAGGCUACACACGAUGAAGCUUAUGUUUAUACCAAGAGCUGUACUUUUCCAUACCAUUUUAAAUUACUAUCUUUCAACUUGGGUUUGAGUGGGGACUUAAAAGUACUGAAUCACCUACAGUUAGGUCUUGAAACUGUCCUUGAGUUUUUUUGAGUUCAUGUUUUUUGAUAUUGCAAAGAGGAGAGUAAGCUUUAGUCAAGUACUCUGGGGUAUUUUUGCUUCUAAAAUAUUAAUCACUUUGGUAAUGGCCUUACUUUAAAAUAUAAUAAAACAAACGAAUGUUUUCUUAUUCUUGUUUUACUGGCCGCGCAUGCGCAAUGGUACACCACUGGUUAGCUAUACGCGAGGCGACCGUUGUUAUUAUGGCUUAAUUCCAAACCGCACCCUACCGCUACACACUCCCCCUCCGUUCGCGCGGAGGGUCCGCCACAUUAAGUGCUUUUCCAAACCAACGAGUGUGGAGGGGGAGUGGGUUAAUCAAGCCAUCCAACAGCGAGUCUGCAUCGCACCUGACUUUACCUGCUGCACAACCUGACCGGACUCACCGCUGUGUGUCCGUCAUGAAACAUGCUGUGUACAAACAGUUCCUGCAAACUG